GUGCAGACCGGUGCAUGAGGCCGUGCUGUGGCGUGAUCUUUAACGGGACUGCCGUUUUGGGCCGCAUGAACCAUCUUAACUUUGAUGUUGCCGUGGUAACUGAGCGGAUAUGGUGCUGGAAUGGCGGUGUUCCCUGAGUGUUUCCUCCCGGUGCAUGGCGGCGGUCUUGCUGUGCCUCACCCUGCCGUGCGGUGGCGUCUAACAGCCGGGCGACUCCGAGCACGGCCGCCUUCAAACGGUGUUGUUGAUCUCCCAGAAUCCUCUCCGGCCAAGGACGCGGGCCUGAAGCUCCGGGAGGCUCUGAAGCAGCAGCUGGCCGCCAUCCACGAGCGCGUGGAGGCCAAGAAGCUGGCCAGGCUGGCUCUGGCCGAGGUCCGGCAGCUGCUGGCCAGAGAGGAGGAGGACCGGGAGCUGGAGCUCGGCAGGAAGGAGAUCUCGGCCAGGGUGAAGGAGAGGGUGGCCGCCCGGCUGAAGGAGGAGGAGGAGAGGAUGGAGAAGGAGCAGGUGGAGAAGGCUCUGGAGAAGCUGAGGAAGGAGAAGACCAAGGAGCCGGAGAAGAAGGAAGAGGAAGAAGAGGAGGAGGAGGAGGAGGAGGAUGGAGACGCAAAGUCAAAGAAAGGAGGAGAGAAGGCGGAGAAAAAAGGAGACGGGAAGAAAGAACAGGAGGAGCACAGGAGGAAGAAACACCGAGCUGAGAGAUCCGAGCGAGCAGAGAGGAAGGAGAGAAAGAAGUGAAGCAGGAGGCGAAGUUUUCAGCACUGAUCCCAGAUCAGAGCGGGGGCGGAUUGAACGGCGCCCCCCUCAGGAUGUUUACUGACGCUGUUGGCUCAGGCUUAUUGUCCUCUUCUCUAAUCUGGAGAGAAAAACUCCAGUUUGGAGUCAAACUGGAGAUAAAGAUUAUAUUUCUAGAAUCACUGACUCCACAGUAACGUAUUUCCCUGCAGUUUAUUUACUGUACGUCUGCAUUUCAGUCACUAAGAGAGAGUAGAAGAUACUGAUAUAGACUCUCAGUCAGUUUCAGAGUGUCUAUGCUCAAAGGUUUUGAAGGUAAAAGGACAUUUUUCCAAACAUUUUCCCCGUUAUUUUCCAUGUGGUACAGCUGGUGUUCCUCAUCCUCUUGCUAGCAGAAUGAUGUGGUGUUUUCCUGUUCAGGUUUAUUCUCUAUCCAGCUGAAUACGUUUAGGCGAGAUGUGACGAGCGUGGAGCACCGACGAUGCGCUGAAAGCAUUGGUACUGUGCUGGAAUGAAAAUUAAAUCCGACUCGCUCGCGGGAUUAAUUCAGUUUUCACCUUCCCAACGAUGUCAACAUGUGACU